AUGUCCGCUCGUCUUCAGAACAAGGUUACUCUCAUCACCGGUGCUGGGUCAGGCAUUGGCCUAGAGGCAUCCAUCCUGUUUGCACAGGAGGGUGCACAUGUUGCGCUCGUAGAUGUAAACAACCAGGCGGUGCAGAACACGCACAAGCUGAUCGCAGAGCGCUUUCCCAACAUCAAAUCGAUCCCAAUCCAGGCUGAUGUGAGCAAAGAGGAGAACGUGAAGCGUAUGGUGCAGGAGACCGUCGACGCGUUCGGCCGUCUAGAUGUUAUGUUCAACAAUGCUGGCAUCAUGCACCCUGAAGAUGAUAAUGCGCUGAACACUGAAGAGCGGAUAUGGGAUCUUACGAUGAGCAUCAACGUGAAGGGUGUCUGGUGGGGGUGUAAGUAUGCGAUCCUUGCGAUGCGCAAUAACCCCGUGGACGAGAGUAAAGGUUUGCGCACUGGCGGCAGCAUCAUUAACACGGCCAGCUUUGUGGCAAUCUUGGGUGCUGCCACCCCUCAAUUGGCUUACACGGCUUCGAAGGGUGCGGUUCUUGCCAUGACCCGCGAGCUAGCUAUGGUACACGCGAGAGAGGGUAUCCGUAUUAACUCAAUUUGCCCGGGCCCUCUCAAAACCCCCCUAUUGAUGGACUUUCUCAACACGCAGGAGAAGAAGGACCGCCGACUGGUCCAUUUACCUAUGGGCCGGUUCGGUGAAGCUAUCGAAGUAGCUCGCGGAGCGCUUUUCUUGGCAAGUGACGACAGCAGCUAUGUAACGGGCACUGAUUUCAAAGUUGACGGCGGUCUCAGCUCGUGCUACGUGACACCGUUGGGGGAACCGGCACUCACCCCGCCGCCCAGCCUCGUAUGA